AUGCCUCUUAUCAAGGGGAAGAUGCGCAAGGAGGAAGACUCCGACUCGGACGAAUCCUUCCACUGCUGCGGAAGGCCAGAGGACCUCGUUGAAGAUUGGCGAUCCUCGAUGGAAAUUCCCAAGCCAGAUGGGAAUGAAGUACACGUCCCCGACGAGCAAGAGUACUACCUAUACUCCGCUGGCCUUGACCGCCUCAAUUCCCCCGACAAUGGAACCAAGCGCGGCUCAUGUUCCUCAAUCCACGCCAUCCCCCGCUGCUCAACCGUCUAUUCCUCUGAUUCCGACCGCACUCGGAUCGCAAGCCCUCUCCUCAUCAUCAAGACCGGCGAUGUGGUCUUGCCAUCCCCUUCACCCGACAUGAGCUUCCUCCGAAUGGCUGUCAGCCCAACACAGGAUCGCCCGCCAAGCCCUGAGCUUCCAACUGCCCAAGCCUCAGCUCCUCACGGCCCUCUACCAUCAGCUUCUUCUCUUCGUCGACGGGGACUGGUCUUCACUCCGAGCAGCCUCCCUCAGGAACUCAAGGAACUGGCCAAGACUCAAGAUUCAGAUGGAAGUGGUACUUGA